AUGGCCCGAGGCAGAGGCUUGCAAGGCAGGUACCAGAUGGUGGGUUCUACUGGUGACCUUCUCGUGACCUCCGUGACCCGCGAGGAUGCCUUCACCUCCUUCAACUGCCGCGUCAGGGAUCAGCUGGGGGGGCGUGAACUCUCCUCUCGCUCUCCGGCCAAGAUUACAGUUCAUGAACCCGGCGAGGUGUCCCGGCCCGUGAUUCAGGAGAAGCGGAGGUCAGUCACCGUGUCUGAGGGCGGGACUGUGGUGCUGCCCUGCGUCGCCUCUGGAACGCCCACGCCCACUGUCAGCGUGCUUGAGUGCAUCGAGCAUAAAUCCUCGCGCACGUGCGCCGCGACACUGUAUCCGCACCUGUCCUGCUGCUAUUACGGAAGAGCUUCAAUAAAUCCUGCGUUAAAAGCGGCGGAUCGGCCCGCAGUAUCACAUCGACCACCUGCACAGACCCAAUGGAGCUCCUACACGGGCGGCGGCGUCGGCAACAGCAUGGGCGUGCACAUGGGCGGCAUGGGCGGGCUGGGCGGCAUGGGCGGGAUGAGGGACCGCCAGUCCUUCGCGCCGUCGCCAGGCUCUGCGGUCCUGGUUCUCGAGGCCGCCCGCGCUUCCGACGCCCACGCCUACACCUGCACGGCGAACAACACGCUCGGGGUGGACCAGAUGAGCGUGGAGGUCCUGGUGGAGAGCCCCCUGAAGGUGACGGUGAUCCCGCGCUCCCUCACAGCGGACCUCGGCGGAACGGCCACUUUCUCCUGCAGCGUCUCCGAUCCAGCGGCCACCGUCUCGUGGUACUACAAUGGGUCUCCUGUGGUGGGCAGCGGCCGCGUCGUGGCAGCAGGUCGUCAGCUGAUCGUGUCAGGUGUCAACCGCGACGACCCGGGCAUGUACCAGUGCCAGGCGAUCAGAGGCACCCGGGCGGCACAGCAGGCGGCGCAGCUCAUGCUUGGAGACUCAGCCCCGGUUCUGCACUACCGGUUCAUCGAGCAGACCAUCCAGCCCGGGCCGCCCGUGUCUCUCAAGUGCUCUGCGGGCGGCAACCCCACGCCCACGAUCACCUGGACCCUCGAUGGCCUUCCCAUUCCUCAGACGGAAAGGGUCGUCGUAGGGGAGCAGCUGGGGACGCGCUCGGAGGUCGUGAGUCACGUCAACGUCUCCCACACGCGAGUGGAGGACGGCGGCCGCUACGAGUGCGUGGCCACGAACCGCGCGGGGUCCACGGCGCACGCGGCCAACCUCAACAUCUACGGUUUCCCUGUAUCGCGCCCUUUGGCCUCAGUGACAGCCGUGUCGGAGGAGAAGCUGCACCUGCGCUGUCCUGUGGCGGGCUACCCCCUCCACUCGUUCGCCUGGACCAAGGACGGCGUGAGUGUGGACUCCGACCCCGGCCGCAUUGUACAGGAAGACGGGACGCUCGUGGUGGAACACGUCAGGCGGCCCGAAGACGCAGGUGUUUACACGUGUACGGCGUCGACCAAGCCCGGUCGGUCCGCCACGGGGUCUGUGCAGGUGUCAGUACGUGGGCCCAGUGACCCGCAGGCGGGUGCAGGCCACCCACUAACAGCUAAUGAGAGGGACCGCUGUCCUUCAGUCCCCCCAAAGAUAGCCCCGUUCGCGGCGCGCGAGUGGGUGGUGGCGGGCGAGCGCCUGACGCUGACGUGCACGGUGUCCCGGGGGGACGAGCCCCUGUCGCUCUCGUGGCUGUGGGACGGCGCGCCGCUGCCGCCGGGGCCGUCGCGCGCCGGGGCGCUCAAGGUGCUCAUCCUCAACGCCUUCAACUCCGUGCUGACGGUGGAGCAGGUGGAGCAGCGCCACGCCGGGGUCUACACGUGCGUCGCCGCCAACGCCGCCGCCGAGGCCCGCCUGUCCUUCUCGCUGACCGUUCACGUUCCCCCUCGUAUUCAACCUUUUAAGUUUCAAGAGGGUUUGUCGGAAGGCAUGCGAACGCGUGUGGUUUGUGGCGUGAAUCAGGGUGAUGCUCCUCUAAAGCUGGAGUGGCUCAAGGACGGGCGGCCUCUCUCUCUGGGAGGGCCGCCCAACGUUCAGGUCAAGGUCAUAGACGCGUUCUCGAGUGUGCUGGCCAUGAGUUCCCUGACGGCGGCGCACUCGGGGCGCUACACGUGCGAGGCGCACAACGCAGCGGCGGCGGUGCGCUUCACGGCCUCCCUCAGCGUCCACGGUAACGAAGCGCGCCGGGCUCCGUCCUGUCCGGCUCCGCGGCCCGGCCGUUUGGCCAGCUGGCCGCCCGGCCGCUGUGGCCCGGCCCAGCCUCAGCCGGCCAUGCUGCACUGCGGGCCAUCCCGCCUCAAGCACAAGUACACUAGUUUUGCCACAGCUUCCACGCCAGGGGGCCACGGGAAGAGUGUCCUUCGCUCGGUGCCAACGCGUGCCCUGAGGCCCCCUUACCCUCCUCCGCUCCGCCGGCGUACUAACGACCUGGUUCCUCCUGCAGUGCCGCCGUCGUGGGUCCUGGAGCCGGUAGACACCAGGGUGAGCCGCGGACACGCCCUUGUGGUUGACUGCGUGGCGCGAGGUCACCCUGAGCCCUCCGUGACCUGGAAGAAGAAGGUCACCAGAGAAGGACAGAGUGAGUAUGGUGUUGGGACGGUGCACAGACACACGUUGGUAUACGUACGAGUAAAGACACACGAAUGCACACGCACCGGCUCAGACGCCUUCCGCAGCGUGGAGCUCGUGUCCCCCCGCGCCGUCCAGCUCUCCAACGGCUCCCUGUACAUCGCCCGCGCCGAGCCCGAGCACUCCGGCACCUACGUGUGCCAGGCGGCCAACUCCGUCACGCACCUGUCCACCACGAUCGCUAUCGCCGUGAAUUCCGCCCCGUACUUCACGAGUGGCAUGCCCUCCGUCGACGUGCGCGCGGGCGAGCUCGCCAACCUGGAGUGCCGCGUGCGGGGCGACCCUCCGCUCACCGUCACGUGGGCGCUCAGAGGCGCGUCGCUCCACCACUCCGCCAGAUACGAGGAGACAGUGAAGGUCACUCCCGGAGGCGAGACGGUAGCGAGGCUGACCGUGAGUUCCGCCGCCCAGUCUGACGCCGGGAUCUACACCUGCACCGCCCACAACGCCUACGGGAGGAAUUCUCACACGGUCCGCCUCAAUGUCCAUGGUGAGUGGCGUGAUGGUGAUGAUGUGAUGGAAGAAUUGAGAGAUGUGUUGUCAGGAAAUGUAAAUAACAGCCACUUAAAACACAUAUCAGUCUAA